GUCUUUGCAAUGGCCGCCUAGUACCCUAAGGUCAGAUUCUUUUAAGACGUAGUGUAUGGUUUCCUCGUUAAGUGUAAAAGGGAAGUUCGGGAAGCUGACAGACUACAGGUUCCAGGUUACCUUGAGACCUGUCGAUACUGGUACACUACACGGCAUCUGUGUAGUGCUGCGGUGCUUCCUGGGAGAUGUAGUUUCCUGACUAUUGAAACCAGGGCUUCUCACCCGCUAGCAGUGCACCUUACUUUUGGAAGGUCCUAGCCCACCUAGACUGACACGCGCGCCGGCCCGCGCCUGACCGCCUCCUUACGUCACGCCGCGCACUGUCCUUGCUUCAGGCCACUUCUAUUCUUCGGCUGACCCCUGGUGGUCACGUGGAGCUGCUCGCCACGCAAGUCUGGGUCCUUCUGCGAUCCACCGGGGUCCUUGCUGCCUGGAAGCCGCUCCUGAGCUGCCUGUUCGCGCGAGAGUUUGGAGGGGCGGGUUUGGGGUCGGUCUCCGGUGUGGUGCUCGCACCGCCGCGCAUCGGAGCCCCGCUUGGGCAGCCGCUUAGAGUGCGAGGAGCUGGGUCAGGCAGUCGCUGGGGCAUCCGUGCCUGGAAAGUGCCGGAGCGCUCUGGAGAAGCCUGGACAGCCCCGCUCCCCAGCAGCCAGGUGCUAGGGUCCGGAGCUAAAGUGAGAGUCCGGCCGUCUUCGAGCGCCUGGGCCACGGCGGCGGCCCUGGGAGCAGAGGUGGAGCAACCCCGUUACGCUAAAGAUGAAAGGCUGGGGUUGUCUGGCCCUGCUUCUGGGGGCCCUGCUGGGAACUGCCUGGGCCCGGAGGAGCCAGGAUCUACACUGUGGAGCUUGCAGAGCUCUGGUGGAUGAACUAGAGUGGGAAAUUGCCCAGGUGGAUCCCAAGAAGACCAUUCAGAUGGGCUCUUUCCGAAUUAAUCCAGAUGGCAGCCAGUCAGUGGUGGAGGUGCCUUAUGCUCGCUCAGAGGCCCACCUCACAGAGCUGCUAGAGGAGGUAUGUGACCGGAUGAAGGAGUAUGGGGAACAGAUUGACCCUUCCACCCACCGCAAGAACUACGUACGUGUAGUGGGCAGGAGUGGAGAAUCCAGUGAACUGGACCUACAGGGCAUCCGGAUUGAUUCGGACAUCAGUGGUACUCUCAAGUUUGCGUGUGAGAGCAUUGUGGAGGAAUAUGAGGAUGAACUCAUUGAAUUCUUUUCACGAGAGGCUGACAAUGUUAAAGACAAACUUUGUAGUAAGCGAACAGGGACUUGGGUUCUUCCUCUCCAUUCUCUUCCUGUCAGCUUUCAGAAUUUGUGGCUCUCUCACUUGAGAUACAGAUCUAUGUGACCAUGCCCUGCACAUAUCACAUGAUGAGCUGUGAACCACUGGAGCGGCCCAGACUGACAGGCUUGAUGGAUCACCCCCAGGAGGGGAAGAGGGUGGCAAUGCCUUUUAUAUUAUGUUUUUACUGAAAUGAACUGAAAAAUUGUGAAACCAAAAGUAUGAACUGUGUUGUCUUUUCAUACCCAGAAUCAACCCUUACAGGUAGGCUUAAAGAUAGGGGAUUCUGGAUAGGAAAGGAAAGGGAACGAGGAGCUUUGGAAAUGGUGUAGCAUGAAGGUAGGAGGAGUCUGAGGCUUUCAUUCUUUUGCCAUCUGAGAUUCCUGCUGGACUCACAAACUAGAUAAGCACUUACCAGUGCUUACUCAGUACCAUGUGUUUAGAGUCUAAUUGUGGAGAGAAGAGGAACCUCUGUGAUUAAGCAAGGAAACAUAGGUAAGUGUAUGGUAGUAUGGGACUCUAGAAAUUACUUGUAUUUAUACUGAUGAAACAGAAAGUAAGACAGAGCUUGGUCUUGAAAUAACGGACAUGCAUUAUUCUCCCCUCCCUGACCUUCCAGAUGGAGGGAUCAGCAGUAGCAGACAGAAAGGGGAAAUGGAUAUGAUCAACUCAUCUGAAAAGUAAGGGCUUUAUCAGAUAGGGGGAGAUGAGGUAAGGAAUGUUACUUAAUGAAGCCCCUUGCUUGCUGGCCUAAGCUUUUAGAUUUGAUGCCAACUGCAACACUAAAGUAUACCUUUAUCAUCUCCAUCUGUCACUCUGUACUGUAAGUCUGUCCCCACUUUGUAUGUGUAGAGAUUCUGUCCUGGGGCAUAGGGAUGAAAACCUAAAGGAUGCCUUCUCUGAGGAGCUUCUUAAACACCCUGAUCCAGAGGUGUGUCUGUCUCAGGGUUUGGAAUGGAACAUUUCUAUCCCAGGAAUGCCUCAGGGAAAGAACACCUGAAUAAACAUUUUGAAGACUUUUUAAAUCAAGCGUUUUAGAAUCUAAAGAGAGCUUGGAGGUCAUGUAGUUCACCUCUGCCCAUUUACAGAUGAAACUGAGGUCCAGAGAUACCACAGGUCCUGAAGUUCUGUAGUGGCAAAAUUAGAUCAAUAAGCUAAUGUUCCCAAGUGUCAAUCUGAUCUAAUAUAGCUGUAAAGUAGCUUCCAUUUUAAGUCUUUUUUUCUCUUAAUACUUUGCACUAAGCCUGGCACACAAAGUGAACAGGUUCAACGAAGCUUUCUUGUACCACAAAUCCCUAUGAAAUCUAACACAUGAACUAGUUUAGAGCAAGUAUCCUGGUAUUAGUUGACAACUAAACUCAGGGUCUAGUGUUAAUUCCUUUUUCUCUCAUCAGCCAUAAGAAAUGCUGUAUCCUGUCAAGUCCAUUUUCCAGACCAGCUGUUACUAACCAUUUUUUCUUCUGUGAUGCACAUGAAUAAUGUUCACAUGCUUCAUACCCCUGUGAGUAUACCCAGGAUUCUGUCCAUUGCUUGCUUUGUGUCUAAAAACUUACUCUUCCAUCAGAAAGCUUAUCAGAAGCGUGAGAGUACUCUUAUAGGGAACUCAAAAUUGUUUUAAUGUACAAAAAAGCAAAUUAUUCACAAGUUUUAAUAAAAUACUGUUAGUUGGUAA